AUGAAUACUUCAUAUACCGACAAAGGACCAAAGCCGAAAUUCGGCAAAUUUCUAAGUUUCGAUCAUCUGACCUUCUAUGUGGGCAAUGCCAAACAGGCAGCCAGCUACUAUACGACACGAUUCGGUUUUACACAUGUAGGUUAUCGGGGUCUCGAGACGGGCGAUCGUCGGCUAGCUAGUCACGCUGUGAAACAAAAUCGCAUAAUCUUCGUGUUUGUAUCUGCCUACAAACCCGCCGAUGCGGAGCAUGGUGAUCAUUUGGUUAAACAUGGUGAUGGUGUAAAAGAUGUGGCCUUUGAGGUUGAUGAUUUGGAUGGAAUUUUCAAGUAUGCAAAAGAACGUGGUGCUGUAGUAGUGCGGGAUGUUUGGGAAGAAACAGAUGAAUAUGGAAGCGUACGAUUCGCCACCAUUAAAACGUACGGCGACAGUACUCAUACAUUCGUCGAUCGUACUAAAUACAAUGGCAAAUUUCUGCCUGGCUUCAUAACACCCGCGCCCGACAAUCUACUUAAAGGUUUGCCGCCCACAAAACUUGACUUCAUCGACCACGUCGUUGGUAAUCAACCUGAUUUGCAGAUGGAGAGCGUGGCUGCUUGGUAUGAACGCGUUUUGCAAUUCCAUCGUUUUUGGUCAGUCGAUGAUUCUCAAAUACACACUGAUUACUCUGCACUGCGUUCCAUUGUUAUGGCCAACUAUGAGGAGAACGUAAAGAUUCCCAUCAAUGAACCAGCAAAAGGCAAGAAGAAAUCACAAAUUCAAGAGUAUGUGGAAUACUAUGGUGGUGCAGGUGUACAGCAUAUUGCACUCAACACCAGCGAUAUUAUAACAUCGGUGCGUAAUUUACGUACCCGGGGCUUAGAAUUUCUAAAAAUACCAAGUUCCUACUAUGACAUUUUGGAAGCGAAUUUGAAGAAUAGUCGUACAAAGAUCAAAGAAGAUAUGGAGCUAUUGAAAGAGUUAAAUAUUUUAAUAGAUUACGACGAAGAUGGGUAUUUGCUGCAAAUCUUCACAAAAAAUAUGCAAGAUAGACCAACCUUGUUCAUAGAGGUCAUUCAGCGACACAAUCACAAUGGUUUUGGCGCUGGCAACUUCAAGUCCCUGUUUACGGCAAUUGAGAUCGAACAGGCAAAACGUGGCAAUUUAUAGAAUUCAGUAUCAUAUGCAUACAUACACGCUAAUCCUUAA